AUAUAUACACAAUUUUUUUCUUUUAAAUUAUAUCAUUCUCACAUAUAACAUCUUUUUGCAAAUUCUUUGUUUUUCCCAUUGCCUCUACGUGAUAUCACCGAAACACAGCCAGAUUUUAUGUUGCAUCUCGAUUCUUGUGAUGUUGGGUAUCUGAUCCGAGUAACACUGGUGCGUAGCAGCAACAAAUAACAAUGGGAACCGCCACUGUUGCGUCCACACUCGCCCACAUGGCAGAGAGGUGCACGUGCAUGCGCGACCUCAAGCUCCUCCACGCGCAUGCCUUCCGCACGCGCCUCCACGACCACGCGGUGGUCCUCGGCAAGCUCUUCCGCUUCGCCGCCGUGUCGCCGCUUGGCGACCUACGCUACGCCCACCGCAUGUUCGACCAAAUGCCCCACCGAACGACCUUCUUCUACAACACCCUCAUCCGCGCCCACUCUCAUUCCCAAUCCCCUUCUCUCUCUUCCCUCUUCUUCAAUCUCAUGAGGCAAAACGACGUCGCCCCGGAUCAGUUUUCCUUCACCUUCUUGCUCAAGUCCCGCUCCAGAACCACCCCUUUGACCCACCCAAAUGAUAUACACGGUGCCGUUUUGAAGUUCGGGUUUUGCCGCCACUUACACGUCCAGAACGGCUUGAUACACUUGUAUGCCAAUAUGGGCAUGGCCCUUAUGGCAAGAAGGGUUUUUGAGGAUGUUUUGCAGCUGGGUUUGGAGGUUGAUGUUGUGUCCUGGUCGGGGUUGCUUGUGGCGCACGUAAAGGCUGGUGAGUUGGAUGUUGCACGGAGGGUGUUUGAUGAAAUGCCCCAGAGGGACGUGGUUUCGUGGACCACCAUGUUGUCGGGGUAUUCGCGGGCGAGGCGGCCCAUGGAGGCGUUGGAGUUGUUCGGGGAGAUGAGGCGUGCUGGGGUGUGGCCGGAUGAGGUUACCAUGGUGAGUGUGGUCUCGGCUUGCACGAGUUUGGGAGACGUGGAGACGGGGAGGAUGGUUCACUGGUUUGUGGAGGAGAAUGGAUUUGGUUGGAUGGUUGCGCUUUGCAAUGCGCUUGUUGACAUGUAUGGUAAGUGUGGAUGCUUGGAGGAGGCGUGGCGGGUGUUUCAUGGGAUGACGAGGAGGAGCUUGAUCACGUGGAACACGAUGAUGACGGUGUGCGCGAACCAUGGGAAUGCUGAUGAUGCAUUCAGGUUGUUUGAGUGGAUGGUUUCUUCUGGUGUUGUGCCUGAUUCAGUGACACUUCUGGCGCUUCUGGUUGCGUAUGCUCAUAAGGGGUUGCUGGAUGAGGGGAUUAGGUUGUUUGAGAGAAUGGAAAGGGACUAUGGGGUUGAACCUAGGAUUGAGCAUUAUGGCGCUAUGGUUGAUAUGUUGGGGCGUGCGGGGCGAUUACAGGAGGCUUAUGAUCUGCUUACAAAUAUUCCAAUUCCAUGUAAUGAUGUUGUUUGGGGAGCUCUGCUUGGAGCCUGCAGGAUUCAUGGUGAUGUUGGCAUGGGGGAAAAGGUUAUAACGAAGUUGUUGGAGUUGAAACCAGAUGAAGGGGGAUACUAUAUUCUGCUUCGUGAUAUCUAUAUUGCUGCAGGCCAGACUGUAGAAGCCAAUGAGAUGAGGCAAGCCAUGUUUGCUAGUGGAGCAAGAAAAAACCCCGGUUGUAGUUGGGUGGAAGGAUAAAUUUUAGGUGUGGAUCCAAGCAAUCAUCAUGCAAGGCAAUAGUGAUACCCUUUGUGUAUUGCAGGCUGUAGAGUUGUUCGCAUGGAGUUCUCCAUAAUUCUGAUUUUUGUCACUUCAUUGUGAUUGCGGGCAGCUAAUCGGCAAUUGGAAUGGAUGAAAAAAGAAUUUCUGUUAAGCCAUUGGCAUUUGGCGCUGAUGAAGAUUUUUGGGAGGUAUUUAUUUCUGUAUAUAUCUCAUGAAGCAGCAAGUGGGAAAUUAUUCUUGCAAAAAUGAAAGUUGACGGUUUUGUUUAGACAAGCAUAAGCUGGUAUGAGACUCUUAAGCAAUGUGCAUCUACCAAAACUAGGUAUGUGGUUCAAAGUUUGAGACCGACUGUAUUUUCUUUUGAGCAACAAUGGCUAAAUACAGAUACUGUAAUUAGUUAUAAUAUAAUGACCCAAUACAAUGUCGUGCUGCUGAUUCUCGAGGGA